AUGUUAUCAACUCGUCCAAUCUUACGUUCAGCUACUAGAACUUUAGCUGCUGCUUCAAGAUCAUCUUUAAGAAUUGCUCGUCCUCAAGUUUCAUUAAGAUUUGCUUCAGCUAAAGCUGCUCCAACUGAAGUUUCUUCUAUCUUAGAAGAAAGAAUCAGAGGUGUUUCUGAAGAAGCUAACUUAAACGAAACCGGUAGAGUUUUAUCUGUUGGUGAUGGUAUUGCCAGAGUUUUCGGUUUAAACAACUGUAGAGCUGAAGAAUUAGUUGAAUUCUCUUCAGGUGUUAAAGGUAUGGCUUUAAAUUUAGAAGCUGGUCAAGUCGGUAUUGUCUUAUUCGGUUCAGAUACUUUAGUUAAAGAAGGUGAAACCGUUAAAAGAACCGGUAAAAUUGUUGAAGUCCCAACUGGUCCUGAAUUAUUAGGUAGAGUUGUUGAUGGUUUAGGUAACCCAAUUGAUGGUAAAGGACCAUUAAAUGCUUCAUCAUCUUCAAGAGCUCAAGUUAAAGCUCCAGGUAUUUUACCAAGAACUUCAGUUCACGAACCUAUGCAAACUGGUUUAAAAUCUGUUGAUGCUUUAGUCCCAAUUGGUAGAGGUCAAAGAGAAUUAAUUAUUGGUGAUAGACAAACUGGUAAAACCGCUGUUGCUUUAGAUACCAUCUUAAAUCAAAAGAACUGGAAUGACGGUUCCGAUGAAUCUAAAAAAUUAUAUUGUGUUUAUGUUGCCGUUGGUCAAAAAAGAUCAACUGUUGCUCAAUUAGUUCAAACUUUAGAACAAAAUGAUGCCUUAAAAUACUCUAUUGUUGUUGCUGCUACUGCUUCAGAAGCUGCUCCAUUACAAUAUAUUGCUCCUUUCACUGCUUGUGCUAUUGGUGAAUGGUUCAGAGAUAAUGGUAAACAUGCUUUAAUUAUCUAUGAUGAUUUAUCAAAACAAGCUGUUGCUUAUAGACAAUUAUCAUUAUUAUUAAGAAGACCUCCAGGUAGAGAAGCUUACCCAGGGGAUGUUUUCUACUUACAUUCUAGAUUAUUAGAAAGAGCUGCUAAAAUGCAUCCAAAAUUAGGUGGUGGUUCAUUAACUGCUUUACCAGUUAUUGAAACUCAAGGUGGUGAUGUUUCAGCUUAUAUUCCAACCAAUGUUAUUUCAAUUACUGAUGGUCAAAUUUUCUUAGAAGCCGAAUUAUUCUAUAAAGGUAUUAGACCAGCUAUCAAUGUUGGUUUAUCCGUCUCAAGAGUUGGUUCAGCUGCUCAAGUUAAAGCCAUGAAACAAGUUGCCGGUUCAUUAAAAUUAUUCUUAGCCCAAUACAGAGAAGUCGCUGCUUUCGCUCAAUUCGGUUCAGAUUUAGAUGCUUCAACUAAACAAACUUUAGCUAGAGGUGAAAGAUUAACCCAAUUAUUAAAACAAAAACAAUACUCUCCAUUAGGUGCUGAAGAACAAGUUCCAUUAAUUUACGCUGGUGUUAAUGGUUACUUAGAUUCAAUUGCUUUAGAAAGAAUUGGUGAAUUUGAAGAAUCUUUCUUAUCUCACUUAAAAUCUAAUGAAUCAGAAAUCUUAUCAACUAUUAAAGAAAAAGGUGAAUUAUCAAAAGAAUUAUUAGAAAAAUUAAAAGCUGCUACUGAAUCAUUCGUUGCUUCUUUCUAA